UCAGUCGAGACUUGGAGAAGGCAGAGAUUUCAGUCUAAGUCUGUGGUCUCCGAGGUCCAGAAAGGAAAGGACAUCAUGUCGUACACUAAGUUUGCAGCAGCUCUCGUCAGGGCGAACGCCGGCAGUAUCAGACAAAUAAGCGCUUCACCUGCGAGAUGCCGGUCGACAGUCGCAUCCACCAAGACCCAAGAGGAGAAAGAGGUGGAUGGCUGCCCCGUGGUGGAAGCAGUGCCGGUUGAACUCAUCAGUCAGACGAAGGUUGCUGCAAACACGCCGCUGAAUAAAAUCCUCAUCGACUUCGACAACACCGAGGAAGCCUACAAAAGCAAAGGUAACAUGGAACUGCUCCGAAGUCUGCUGGUAUUCAAGCUCUGCACGUUUGACUUCCUCGUUGAAAAGAACAAAGAGUUGAUGGAGCUGAGUAAGAAGUUUCUCGGUCAGCAGAUGUUUGAGAAGAUGAUGAAGAUGACCUUCUAUGGCCAGUUUGUGGCAGGGGAAGACCACAACUCCAUCAAACCUUUAAUUCAGAAGAACCAGGCCUUCGGAGUUGGGGCAGUUUUGGACUACAGCGUGGAAGAAGACAUAACUCAAGAGGAGGCAGAGAAGAAGGAAAUGGAUUCAUGUGUUUCUGAAGCAGAGAAAGAAAGUCCAGGUGCUGAUCAUCGUGAGAAGAAGUACAAGGCCCAUCGCCAGUUUGGAGACCGGCGUGGAGGAGUCAUCAGUGCUCGCACCUACUUCUACGCAGAUGAGGCCAAAUGUGACAACCAGAUGGAGACAUUCAUAAACUGCAUUAAAGCCUCUGGUGGAGCUUCGUCUGAUGGAUUUUCUGCCAUCAAAAUGACUGCACUGGGACGUCCACAGUUCCUUCUCCAGUUUUCAGAAGUCCUGGUUAAGUGGAGACAGUUCUUUAACACACUUGCAGCACUACAGGGCAAAUCCGAAAUGAUGGUACUGGAACAGAAGCUGGAGCUGGAACAACUCAAGGAAAGUCUAACUCGUCUGGGCGUUGGAGCCAAAGAUGACAUUGAUAACUGGUUUACAGGAGAGAAGCUGGGCUUGUCGGGAACUAUUGACCUGCUCGACUGGAACAGUUUAAUAAACGACACAACAAAAAUCUCAAAUCUGCUUAUGGUGCCGAAUGUUGAGACAGGCCACCUGGAACCUUUGCUGAACAAAUUCACGUCUGAGGAGGAGCGGCAGAUGAAGAGGAUGCUGCAGAGAGUCGACGUUCUGGCCAAGUAUGCCAAUGAGAAUGGGGUGAGGCUGAUGGUGGACGCCGAACAGACGUACUUCCAACCAGCCAUUAGUCGACUGACGCUGGAAAUGCAGAGAAAAUUCAACAGAGAAAAGCCGGUGAUUUUCAACACGUAUCAGUGUUAUCUCAAGGACGCCUAUGACAACGUGACCGUGGAUGUUGAGCUGUCUCGACGUGAGGGCUGGUACUUUGGCGCCAAGCUCGUCCGCGGAGCUUACAUGUACCAGGAGAGAGCCAGGGCACAGGAGAUCGGCUACGAAGAUCCAAUAAACCCGGACUACGAAGCCACUAACAGGAUGUAUCACAAGUGCUUGGAGUACGUGCUGGAGGAAAUUGAACACAGCAGGAAGGCGAACAUCAUGGUCGCGACCCACAACGAGGACACAGUGAAAUUCACCCUGGAUAAGAUGAAUGAGAUGGGCCUUUCACCCACUGAGAACAAAGUUUACUUUGGACAGCUGCUGGGCAUGUGUGACCAGAUCAGCUUCCCGCUCGGUCAGGCCGGUUUUCCAGUCUACAAGUAUGUCCCGUAUGGCCCCGUCAACGAGGUGAUUCCCUAUCUGUCCCGGCGCGCUCAAGAGAACCGCGGCUUCAUGAAGGGGUCCCAGAGGGAGCGAAGCCUGCUGUGGAAGGAGCUGAAGCGCAGGCUGCUGGGCGGGCAGGUUUUCUAUAAGCCCGUCUACUGAGUCACAAGACUCUAACUCCAAGAUGUCUGUAAGCAUUCCACUGUCUGUAAUGUGUCGCUACGAGCUAGCCCCUCCCUGUAGUGGAAAUCUUAUUUAUUUUCUAUGGGUUGCUAGGAAACGAAUUUAAUACUGACUGAUCUCAGUAGUGUGGAUUGUGAGAUGGAGUUGUUCUUCUUUUCGGAGUUAAUGUGAUGAAGAGUAGUUUAAAGGGAUACUUACGGUUAAUAUAUGUAUGGUAUUUAUUAGUUGUCAGUCGAUGAUGGAAGGCACGGCCCAGUUUGAAGAAGCAAAGAGGACAAUCAGAACAGAGGCCGAGCAAAGAACUGCUGCUUAUGUGAUCAGCAACCAUAACCCAGAACAGGUCCUGCCAGGUUAAAUGUGUGUUUUAUGUUUAGAGCAUUAUCACUGCUCUACACCGCUGUCACACAGACGGUUCUGACCAGGAACGGAAGCUGUUCUCCAGUCACUAAGUGUUCGGCACACUCAAAGUACACAGAAGUCAUCUGAGGUUUGCACAUGUUAAUCCGCACAAGCAUCACAAAAUGACACAGACAAACAAAACACUUGAGACUGUAACCUGAAACUCCCGUGCCCUGAGAUGCAAAAUUGUUAUUUUUUUGUCAGACUGACAAAAAAAUAACAAUCGGGUCAGGUGGAUUUGAUAUUACUGGGAAUUCGCAUCUGCUUCUCCAAACCAUUUUUUAGGUAUUUCAAUAACUAUGGAAAAUAAUAACCAUCCCUUUAAAGCACCAUGCUAAUUUACAUUACAGUUACAUUACAGUAAUUUACAUUACAGUAAUGCAAUAAUUGCUGUUAUCUGACUCUAAAUCAGUAAUGGUUCAUUUAAAAUCUGUGUAAUCCUGACGGUAAUUUGUGAAUGAAAACAUGUAGUCAGGAUCCUUUUUAAAGAAGGGUCGUGUUUCUAAAUGAUCAUUCUGCUUGUACAUAAAAGCUGUCAUUUGCUUUGUAGUAAUUUAAGUGCCUCGUGAAUGUUUUUAACAAGAUUUACUGCAAGCAAUCAGCUACUGUACAACUAUUAUUUUUUUUCUGUGUGUUUUAUACUUGUAAAUUGUUUUAAUCCGUGUAUUUAUCACUGAUGUUAUUUGUCAUCGAACAAAUAUUUGAUAGCUUUGUGCAUUGGAGUAACUUUGAAAACUUUAAAAUAUGUAAGAGUGCCUUCCGAUAUAGAUAUAUAUCUACGUGCCUGGUUUUGAGUCACGAGCUGCUAAAAAGGCUGCACCACAGUUCAGAUGAUUAUCUUUUCAGCCUGUCAUGAUCUUUACACACUGAUGUUCCUGGGACAAAAAAAGGAGACUGAGUGCAAACCUUUACUGUGGAUUAAUGUAAGCAAGCAAACCGCCUGUUCCCCAGAAGUGAUUGUUUGCAGUAGCUAACUUACAUUUUGUCUCUGGCUGAGCAAACACCAAACAAAGAGCGACUCGGUGCGAUCCGUUUCAGGCAUCAGUCACGCUUCAGGCGGCUCCAUUAUUUAUACGUGCCAGAUGGUCCUACCUAAAAAAAAAAUAAAAAAUACUGUGAAUUCAAGAACAUCUUCUGGUUAUCCAACACGCACAGCUGCAGGUGUUCGCAAAACAGGAACUGUUUUGACCUGUGCCCCAGAAUGUUCCUGAAACACGCCACGGGGCUGCGGCUCAGAUUUAUUUUGUGGAAACUGCACCCAAUCUUCUAAGUAUCCCAAGGCCGUUGCAUCAUCUGCCUGGGCGGUGAAACUGCGACUGUAUUGUAAAGUUCAUUUUACGAAGACUGGUCGAGUCAGAUCUUGUGGUUUCGUUGGCUGCCUGGUGUCAUCGUAUGAAAGGCCGUGGUUGGCUGUUGAAGAAAACUUGAAAAGAGGUCCGGAUCUGAAAAUGCUGUACUUACCGGAACUUUUGUAGCUGAUGUUGGAGUUAUUGUAUAUUCCACUACAAUAAUAUGAACACGCUGCCAUUAUUGACCUGCUUGUCCCCUUAUGAUUUGCAACGAGUUACUAAAGCAGUAACGUUUUAAGAUGCGAUUGAAUUUGUUGUAUUUGUUUUUUUUUUUCUGUGUUCUUGUAGAGAACAUUUUGCACACUUGUAAAAAUAGAAACAUGUGGGACUGUUGAUUAAAUACAAUAAAAAUGAAACAAUGAAAUAAGAA